AUGGCGCUGCCAGGGUACGCAGCGCUGGAAAUGGACAUGUUUACCCUGCAUAUAAUUCAUUACAACGAUUUUCAUGCAAGAUUCGAAGAGACAACAGUAUCUUACCCGGUAUGUUUUUCAAAUGAUACAUCAUGUUUGGGAGGAUACGCUCGCUUGUACUAUGAGGUCAAAGCGUUGCUUAAAGAAAAACCAGACGCGCUGUUGCUGAACGCCGGCGACACCUUCCAAGGAACGUAUUGGUAUACGUUGAUGAAGUGGAAUGUGACGCAGAAAUUUAUAAACUUACUGCCAAACGAUGCUCAUGCUAUCGGCAACCAUGAGUUCGAUGAUGGAAUUGCGGGCUUAGCACCAUAUCUCGCGGCACUCCAUGCUCCAGUCGUCGUCGCCAACAUAGACACGAGUCUUGAACCUGCAUUAAAUGGACUAUAUAAACCACAUAUAGUAAUAGAGAGACGUGGAAGAAAAAUAGGAAUAAUUGGUCUUAUUACAACUGAAACUAAGACUUCAUCAAAUUCAGAAAACGUCAAGUUUUUAGAUCCAAUUAAAACAGUACAAAAAGAAGCGAAUAUUCUUACAGAACAAGGAGUGGAUAUAAUAAUAGUGCUAUCACAUUGUGGCCUUGACAUUGAUAAAAAAAUAGCAUCAACUGUCGGAGAAAACAUUGAUAUUAUUGUAGGCGGUCAUUCUCACAGUCUUUUAUGGAAUGGAAAAUCACCCAGCAAAGAAUAUGUUUCAGGGCCAUACCCUGUGCUUGUGCCAACGAACUCUACUCCUGAACAUCAAGUUUUGAUAGUGACAGCGGCGUGCUUUACAAAAUAUUUAGGUAAUCUGACUACUUACUUUGAUAAAAAUGGUAACCUGAAGGCUUUCGAUGGGGAGCCAGUAUUUUUAAACAGAAGUAUUCCAGAAGAUCCUGAGAUAAAAGCAAUAAUGAAACCGUAUAGUGAUGAUCUACAUGCAAUAGUCAAUGAAGUUGUCGGCUAUCUCGAUGACGAUUUUAACGAUAAGCCCUGCGGAUGGAAGGAGUGUGCCAUCGGUGACUUUAUUGCUGAUUCGUUUUUAUAUACCGCGAAGCAAAUGGAAGUUUCAAAUCUCACUCACGUAGCCUUCUUAUUACGAAACAUGAUUCGAGGAUCUAUUCCCAAAGGAGAAAUAUCAAGAGGCAAAGUCAUAAACGCAUUACCGUUUACAAACACGGUUCUCACUUUUUCGCUACUAGGAAAGCAUUUGAUAGAGGCGUUUGAGCAUUGCAUGAGUAAUUGGUGGGUCGCUAAGCCGUUCCAAGGACCUUGGAUGCCACAAGUUUCGGGAAUUCGCUUAAAGAUCAAUUUGACGGGAGAGUUAAAUAUUGAGGUACUUGUAAAAGAAGAGGAAGGUUAUAUACCUCUAGAUCCAGAAAAAGAAUACCAAGUUACAACUUUAAGCUUCAUUAGUAAUAGGAAAAAUGGUUUUGAAAUGUUAUACAAAUAUGGCAAGAAUAAGACUGAAGUUGGAAAAGAUAGCAAAAUUUUAGAAAAUUAUAUUAGAAAAAAUACACCAAUCACGCCUACGUUGGAUAAUAGACUUAUUGUAAUAAAUUAAUUUUAUACACUUA